CCCUCGCCAGGCCUCCUCCCGCCAUUGCGGCGGCAGGGGCGGGCCGCGGCGCGCCCGGGCGCUGUGGGCGGGCAGGGGCGGAGGGAAGCGCGGGCCGGGCGGGCUGGCAGCCGCCGAGGGGCCGGUUAAAGCGGCCGCCCGCAGCCGCCCGCCCGGCUCCCGCGCCUCACCGACGGACGGCGGCGGCGGCCGCUGCGCGCCGAGGCGGCUCGCACGCCAAUGAGGGCCCGGACUCCGGCCCUCGCCGCCUCAGGAGCCGCCCGCAGCCUCCCGCCCCGACCCCCCGCCCGCAGCCCAUCCGGGGCGGGCGGCCCGGACCCAUGCGGCGGCUCCCGGAGAGGUUCAGGAGGUUCAUGAACCACCCAGCUCCAGCCAACAGCCGCUACAAGCCCACCUGCUACGAGCAUGCUGCCAACUGCUACACACACGCAUUCCUCAUUGUCCCUGCCAUCGUGGGCAGUGCCCUCCUGCACCGGCUGUCGGAUGACCGCUGGGAGAAGAUCACGGCGUGGAUGUACGGCGUGGGGCUCUGUGCCCUCUUCAUUGUCUCCACUGUGUUCCACAUCGUCUCCUGGAAGAAGAGCCACCUCAGGACCAUGGAGCAUUGCUUUCACAUGUGUGACAGGAUGAUGAUCUACGUCUUCAUUGCAGCAUCCUACGCGCCGUGGUAUAAGAUCGUUGAGCUCUUUUUCUACUUGGCCAUGGGAUUUUCUCCUGCCCUGGUGGUGACCUCUAUGACCAACACGGAUGGCCUGCAGGAGGUGGCCUGGGGAGGAGUGAUCUACUGCCUGGGCGUGGUGUUCUUCAAGAGCGACGGCGUCAUCCCCUUCGCCCAUGCCAUCUGGCACCUCUUCGUGGCCACCGCCGCCGCCGUGCACUACUAUGCCAUCUGGAAGUACCUGUACAGGAGCCCUGCAGACAUCAUCCGGCACCUGUGAGGCAGCUGUGCCAGCCCUCCCCCGUGCUUGGCCUCUGCAGCUGUGGUCCCUGAGCUAAGUGGCUGGGGGAGAUACCUGCGCUGAGCUGGGCAGUGCUCUGAGGCAGCUGCCGUGCGCCGCUGGUCUCUGUGUCCUGCACCUGCCCAGCCUCUGGCGAGAGCUGUAGGUACCCAGGGUGCUGUGCUGCAGUCCCAAGAGCCCAUUCCCUGUCAGCAGAACUUGGCUGCCCGAUGUUUACAAAGAAGUCUUUUGUAUCCCACUUUCAUUUGGACACUUUUUAACUCUCUGAGGAAUUUUUUCUAACUCAGUGGCUGAAAAGGUGAAGUCAGCAGCGCAGAGGUGGCUCCUGAGCUGGGGCUGCUGCCUGUCACCUGGCUCACAGGCAAAGCAUCUGCUCUUCCCUGCCCAUCUCCUUGGUAUCUUGUGACUUUUCUAGGACCUUUGGGUGUUUUUGUAAACUUUAGAAGUAUCUUUGCUGAACUGGUAGCACACACAAGGGUCACCUCUGCAGCUCCUCACCUUGCAAGGUCUUGCCAGACCUGACUACAUUCCACCCCCUGCUGACAGGUGACCAUUGGACCUCUUCCAGCCCUUGCAUUGACAAAAAGGCAUCAAAAUGACCACUUUGAGCUCAAAUCCCAGCCUGGUUCUGCUGAGUGUUAACUGUCAGUGUCUUCUGCUCCUGCCUGGCACAGCUCCAGCAGCAUCUCCAGUUGGCUUUCUCCAUGAUGGAUGUGAAGUGGAGCACAGUUCCCAGCCAGGCAGCAGCUUGGAGCUUCAUAACUUCAAGUCAGCUUCAAGCUGUUUGCAGCAGCUCGAAGCAGCUCGAAGCUGAUGUGUGGUAGUGAAGGUCCAAAUCAGAGUCAGGUUCUCCACAACGGCCACCAGGUGUUGCUGCUCUGAUAUUGAGGCUUGGAUUUCCAAAGGGAUCUAAGAGAACCUGGCCCCACCUUUUUCCUUGGCCUUGGUCUCCCUGGGAGCUGCUUGGGCUGGGUCUGUUAGGAGCUCCUGGUCGCAGCAGCUCUUGCUGACCACUUGGAAUUCAUUGGUUCUUCACAGAGGAGCCUGAGCUGGUGCCAUGGGCCAUGGUGGGACUGGCACAGAGCCAAGCUGGGCUUUCCUUGUGGGGUAAAGCCCAAGUGCUGAGUGGAGCAGCUGUAGAGGAGUCAGUGUACAGUGUCUGUCCAGCCCUGCCUCCUGCCCCACCACCUGAUGAAUGUCUUACAUUAAGAUUUGACCUUUAGCCUCUCUCUGAUGUCCUCACUGUUUCCUGUCAGCGCUGACCUGACAAAACCAAACCCUGUUGCCUUCUUUGGACGUGGCUCUGGGUGCUGCCUGUCUGCAGAGCAGGAGCAGCAGGGCAGGGAUGCUCUUCAAGGCAGCUGUCUUUGGUAGCACAGCCAGGUUUGCCCCAGGGGCUGCACAUCAGAGUCACAGAACGGCUCAGGCUGGAAGGGACCUCAGAGCUCUGCUCCACCCUCCCCACCAUGCCCAGGGACACCUCUCAGCUACACUCAGCUGCUCAAGGCCUCAUCCAGGCUGGCCUGCAACACCCCCAGGCAGGAGGCAGCCACAGCCUCCCUGGGCAGCCUGUGCCAGUCUCUCACCACCCUCCUGCUGAAGAACUUCUUCCUUUUAGCUCACCCACACUGAGGGGCAGACUUUACCCUCGAGGCACUGAGGGCCAGCUGGGUGGUGUGAGCAGCUGACAGGAGAGAUGGCAGCACCCCAGUAGUGAGCUGCUCCAGGGAGGCAGCAAAUGCCACAUCUGGGCAGGGCAGUGCCAGCCCAGCAGUCUGCACAGCUGGAUGCCUCCCUCCAUUUUACUAACCUUCUGUCUGCUUGAAUUCCCCCCCCCACACUUCUCAGUGAGUUUCUUACUUUGCUUCAGUGCAGUAACUUCAAAACCACUAAAGUACUCCUGAAAGGUUUCUCUGAGCCCAGCCUGGACCCAUUCCUUGGCUGUGUUUUAAUUUGAAUUUAGGUUUGUUUGGGAUUUCUUUGUUCUUUGCUCUUUUUGUUGGUUUGUUUGCAAUAGUUUUGUUUUCUUUUUUUAAUAACAACACUUUCCAUUCACUGGAGGAAAAACCCAAACCCAACUGUUUUGAAUCCCUGUCUUCUAGUCAAUAUGAUCUUGAAUGUACCAGACUAACAAUAAACAUUUUGUGCAAUUUGGAA